AUGUCCGCGCAGUGGCCGCGGGAGGAGUUAAGAUGCGCUGCAAAGCCCUGGAUGAGUGAGGCUGAUUUGAAAGAAGGUAACAUGGCCAGGAACAAGCAGAAGGGGAAAAAACAAAAGAAUGUCUUUCAAGUGGCUAACAAGCAUUUGAAGAUGAAAAACAAGGCCAAACCCGUCACAACAGCUCUCAAACAUAUCAAUGCCGUGAAAAAUGAGAAGGUGGAGAGUCUAAAUGAAAUGUUCACAGAAGUGCAGAGGGAUGUGAAGAGCAUUUCCAAGUCUGUUUGUCCUGAACCGAAGACCCAAGCUAAGGUGGUCCGUGAGCCGCCGAAGGAGUCGGUUAAUGUGGACAGCGCCGCUCAGCUUUUCUCUCAGCUCUGAUGGAUUAAAAACGGACU